AUGUCGCUCUCAGUAUUUUCCGCAGCUGCUUUCCGCUCAUUACACACAACACCACCGAAUCAAGCCACAGACCCAGAUGCCAUCCCAACUUCGUCAACGAAUCCAGAGUCACCUAUGACGAGGAUCGCCAUGCGGGGAUCCAACCAGCUCAGCCUUGAGCAGCCGGAGAACAAGGCUGAGUAUGUGCUUUCGACGAUGGACAAGGUAGUCAACUGGGCUCGUCAGGGUUCGAUGUGGCCUAUGACUUUCGGUCUUGCCUGCUGUGCCGUAGAGAUGAUGCACAUGGCUGCAGCUCGGUACGACCAGGAUCGUUUGGGUGUCGUCUUCCGUGCAAGUCCUCGCCAGUCGGAUAUCAUGAUUGUCGCCGGGACGCUCACGAACAAGAUGGCACCUGCAUUGCGCAAGGUGUAUGACCAGAUGCCAGAGCCUCGUUGGGUGAUCUCCAUGGGCUCAUGCGCGAAUGGUGGCGGGUAUUACCACUACUCGUACUCUGUCGUUCGUGGUUGUGACCGUAUCGUUCCUGUGGAUAUCUAUGUUCCUGGUUGCCCGCCAACGGCGGAGGCCCUUCUCUAUGGAAUGCUUCAGCUUCAGCGCAAGAUGCGACGGAACAGAAGGAGCACUCUCUGGUACCGCAAGUAA